AUGCCUGUCAGAACAGUUCGUUUAGAUGGGACUUUAAAUGCAAGUGGCGUCAAUCUAUCUGAUAUUCUAAAUAUGAGUGAGCAAGAGAUUGAGCGUCAUGAAAUCUACAUACACAAUGUGUCAACAGGAUGGGACGAUGCCACGUGGAUUCUGACUAGCGCCUUCAUUAUAUUCACCAUGCAAUCUGGGUUUGGCCUUUUGGAAUCCGGGUCGGUUACGAGAAAAAACGAAGUCAAUAUCAUGGUGAAAAACGCAGUCGAUGUCAUAUUCGGAGGGAUUUCUUACUGGGCGUUCGGAUAUGGUCUGAGUUUUGGGGAAUCCAGUGGCUCAAAUGCGUUUGUCGGAGUGGGCGACUUCUUCGUUGACUCGAGUAAUGAUGGGAUGGGAUAUUUGUUUGCAAGCUUCGUGUUUCAUACAUCUUUCGCCACGACAGCAACAACGAUCGUCAGCGGCGCAAUGGCCGAGCGCACGAAGAUAACCAGCUAUAUGAUAUUUUCAUUCCUGAACACGCUGGUGUAUUGUUUCCCGGCGCAUUGGUUAUGGGCAAAGACUGGUUGGUUGAAAAAGUUGGGCGUUGUCGAUAUUGCUGGUGCUGGAAGUGUUCAUCUGGUCGGUGGCACGACUGGUCUCGUCGCUACACUCAUUUUAAAGCCUCGAUUCGGAAGAUUUGAAGGGAAGAACAAAAUUCCAGCAAUGGGGUCUCCCACGAAUGCGUUGUUUGGAAUGUUUAUGCUAUGGUGGGGGUGGUUAGGUUUUAAUUGUGGUAGCACGUACGGCAUCACUGGCGGAAAAUGGAAAUUAGCUGCAAGAUCAGCAGUGGCAACAAUAUCAUCGUCCAUCGCUGGAGGUAUUGUAGGAAUAUCUUUGAGUUUCGUUACUAAGAGAAAAAUAUUUGAUAUUUGCUAUCUCAUCAACGGAGUUCUGGCAUCCUUGGUUUCAAUAACAGCAAUGUGUGCGUUAUCCCAGCCAUGGCAGGCGUUUAUCAUUGGUGGUUUUGGAGCAAUUUGUGCCUGUCUCGGCUGUGAGUUAAUGGUUUUGUUAAGAAUUGACGAUCCAGUGGGAGUUGUGCCUGUACAUGCAAUGGCGUCAAUCUGGGCUCUGCUGUCAGUAGGCCUGUUUGUCAGACGCGAUAAUAUCGAAGGCAUUGCUCUGUACAAUGGUCUGUUUUACAAUGGUGGAUGGUAUAUGCUGGGCAUUCAACUAUUGAGCAUUGUAGUGAUAGCCGGCUGGACUCUUUGUACCUCCUUUAUCUUAUUGAAAUUACUCGAUCUCACUAUCGGACUCCGGGUUCCAUUGGUUGAGGAAGUGCUCGGGGCUGACUUGGUGGAACAUUCACUAAACGGCUCCUACAACAAAGCUACUGGUGAACUUCGGGAUACCGAAGGUGACAUUAUACAGAAGAUAGAACGAAACGCUGACGAGAACUAUUACAGAGCGCUGCGCAGGGUCUCGCAGAUGGUGUCGGCAAAGCUGCCGACUAAGAUUGUAUCGUCUUUAGCGCAGUUAAACAAAUCACUGGAAUUAAGUGAAGUCCUCGGGAAAGCGGCUGAACUCGAUAAAUGGACCGGACCGCAUGGCAGAAAGUUUAGAAAAAUAGGGGUUGAACCGGGAGACCCUGAUAACAGUAGCGUAGCUGCCUCUAUUGGUGCAGAUAGUGACUCAAUAUCACCGCGCAUUAUUUCCUCUGCAGUAGACAAUGCAUACGUGUGUAGUAACGAUAUGACAGAAUGUACACCCGCUGCGGUAUUCGCUGAAACUACCGAAGGGUCACUUAAUAUAAAUUGA